AUGGCGACUAUGACGAGUUUGAUCGGUCUCAUCAACAAGAUCCAACGUGCAUGCACUGUAUUAGGUGACCAUGGCGGUGGCGGUUUGUCACUCUGGGAGGCUCUUCCCUCCGUCGCCGUUGUUGGAGGACAGAGUUCAGGGAAAUCGUCGGUGUUAGAGAGUGUGGUUGGAAGGGAUUUUCUGCCUCGUGGAUCUGGUAUUGUCACACGAAGGCCGCUAGUGUUGCAACUUCACAAGACAGAUGAUGGACAACAGGAUUAUGGCGAGUUUCUUCAUGCGCCUAGAAAGAGAUUCACUGACUUCGCUGCUGUAAGGCAGGAAAUUUCAGACGAAACAGAUCGUAUAACUGGGAAGUCGAAGCAAAUUUCUAACAUUCCAAUUCAACUCAGCAUAUAUUCUCCAAAUGUUGUAAACUUAACCCUCAUAGAUCUUCCUGGAUUGACAAAGGUUGCAGUAGAGGGGCAAUCAGAAACUAUUGUUCAAGAUAUUGAAAACAUGGUUCGAUCCUAUGUUGAGAAGCCCAACUGCAUUAUAUUGGCCAUCUCUCCUGCAAACCAAGAUAUUGCCACUUCAGACGCAAUAAAAAUAGCAAAAGAAGUUGAUCCUUCGGGUGAAAGAACAUUUGGAGUGGUGACAAAACUUGAUCUUAUGGAUAAAGGAACUAAUGCCGUUGAUGUUCUCGAAGGAAGGCAUUACAGGUUGCAGCAUCCAUGGGUUGGAAUUGUUAACCGUUCACAAGCGGAUAUUAAUAAAAAUGUUGACAUGAUUAUUGCCCGCAAGAAGGAGCGUGAAUAUUUUGAGACGAGCCCUGAAUAUGGACAUUUGGCCCACAAAAUGGGUGCAGAAUACCUUGCCAAACUUCUAUCUGAGCAUCUGGAGAUUGUCAUUAGGCAGCGGAUUCCUAGUAUCAUUGCCUUAAUAAAUAAAACCAUUGACGAGCUUAAUGCAGAGUUGGACCGCAUUGGCAGGCCUAUAGCUGUGGAUUCAGGGGCCCAACUAUACACUAUUUUAGAGAUGUGUCGAGCAUUCGACAAAGUAUUUAAGGAACACAUCGAUGGAGGACGUCCAGGCGGUGACAAAAUUUAUGGGGUUUUUGACAACCAAUUACCGGCUGCUUUGAAAAAGCUCCCCUUUGAUCGUCAUCUUUCCCUAAAAAAUGUACAACGAGUUGUUACAGAAGCCGAUGGUUAUCAGCCCCAUCUGAUUGCUCCAGAACAAGGGUACAGAAGACUUAUUGAAGGAUGUUUAGGAUACUUCAAAGGCCCAGCUGAUGCCUCUGUGGAUGCUGUCCACCUUGUUUUAAAAGAACUUGUACGGAAGGCAAUUGCAGCAACUGAGGAAUUAAAGAGGUUUCCAACACUUAAAAAUGAAAUAGCCACAGCUGCAAAUGAUUCUUUGGAUAGAUUCCGAGAAGAAAGUAGGAAGACAGUGACCCGGCUAGUUGAUAUGGAGUCUAGCUAUCUAACAGUAGAAUUUUUUCGGAAGAUUAAUCUUGAAUCAGAAACAAACCCAGGUCGAAAUACCCCUAAUAAUCCUAAUCCUAAUCUGGACAAUUACUCGGAUAAUCACCUCAGGAAAAUUGGAUCAAAUGUUAAUGCCUAUAUCAACAUGAUAUGUGACACACUUAAAAAUUCUAUACCAAAGGCUGUGGUUUAUUGUCAAGUUAGAGAAGCAAAGAGAUCAUUGCUUAACCGCUUUUAUGUUCAAGUUGGAAGAAAAGAGAAGGAGCAACUUGGGGCCAUGUUGGAUGAAGAUCCUGCACUUAUGGAAAAGAGAACACAAUUAGCUAAAAGGCUUGAAUUGUACAAGCAAGCUAGGGAUGACAUUGAUUCAGUGGCUUGGAAAUAA